AUGUCCUCAUGCCGAGAAACACUACCAAUCAAUAAAAAUUGGCAACAGACCCGUUUAUUUGAAAUAUUAACUAACUCAAAUUUAACAUUAUGCCGUUUUGAAUAUGAACUAGAACCAAUAUUUAUACAAAGAGUCGGCCAACAAUGGGCGAUAUCAACAAGAAAUGAAACAAAAUGUCACCGUAUAACACAGCUGGAACAAGGUGAACAUCCGAUAACAUCAAAUAAUGAAUUAACUAUCCCACCAAUUGCAUUUAUCACCAUAGACAAAUCAACAGCAUGGAGCUGUGAGAAUUUCUUCUUACCAAGCAUUACAAAUGGUACCAACGAAUUUAUUUCAAUUACUGAUAACAAAAAACUGCACUACGACGAUUUGAUUCUCAUUGAUUUACAAAAAGCUAUGAUUAAUGACACUCUAUGGGAAAAAAUACCGUAUAUACCAUGUAAGGGAAGUUAG